CCCGUGGAUUUGCGGUAGGUGGGUUACGGGGCGAAAAAGUGAUUACACAUUCUCUUAUGGGCCUGGCCGCUCUCAGGCUUCUUUCUGCUUCGUGACAUAUCGUCGGUCCUAACCUAAUAUUCUUGUCUUGUGUAAACAGUUUUUUUGAUGAAGUUUUUGUUAAAGAAACAUUUCGAAUAUCGGCACGGUUCUGUUAUGAACGCAAAGCUGAACUUAUUAUGUACAACUGGCUCUUGUCGCUUUCGGCGCCAAGAGCGUCCUUUUGUCGUUGCUCUGUGUGAUUAACAUUUUUGUGCAAUAUAACCGAAAAAAUUUAACUAAUUGCUGUGAUGUAUACGAACACUAUGGCAAAUGUUGCUUUGAAGAGUUAUGAUACCGACGGUUUAUUGGAACUGGAAAGGAAACAGAGGACAAUCGAUAGAGCGCCUUUUCGAAAAUUGAAAAUCAGAGAUGCCACGGUAUUGGACACGAUCGAGGGUAGAAGAAACUGUAAACUGUGUUCGAAGUCGCGAAAAUAUUUUUGUUACACCUGUUUCUUGCCCGUCAUCGACGAGUCGUAUUUUUCUCGAGUGAAGUUGCCGAUUAAAAUUGAUAUUAUCAAACACUCUCGAGAAAUAGACGGCAAAAGUACGGCGAUUCACGCCGCGAUACUGGCACCAGAUGACGUCAGAAUUUACAGAUAUCCAAACUUUCCGGAGACGUUCAACAAGGAGGAAACUGUUUUAAUCUUCCCUAGCAAUGUGGACGCUAUAAGCGUGGAGGAUCUUUUUUCGAAGGAUAGAAGAAACGGCACACUUUCGAAAACCACGGCAUUUCCCAUAAAAAGAGCUAUUUUUAUCGACAGUACGUGGCAACAGACCAAAGCUAUUUACAAAGACCAAAGGUUGAGAGAACUGCGUUGUGUCAUUUUAAAAUCUAGAAUUUCUCAAUUCUGGCGACAUCAGAAACGCAGUCCAAGAUGGUACUUGUCGACGAUCGAAGCGAUUCAUCAGUUUCUAGUGGAAUUGCACACGUGUGCUUACGGGGCGAUAGAAGGAUAUGCCGAUUUAGAUAAUUCUGUGAAUUCAAAUCAAAACGGCGUGUUUGUAAAUAAUACGGAAUCAGAGAAGUGUACAGAAGUGGAUCUCAGAUACAGCGGGCAAUACGAUAAUCUUUUAUAUUUUUUCAAAUAUAUGUACGAUAAAAUUCACACCAUAUAUGAUCACGAGAAAUUAUUGGCUUAUAAAAGACCGCUUACAUAGUUGUAUGCGUGAUUCUUAAGUUUCUAGCAGACUGUUUUAACACAUUUCCAAUUACAGUUUUUUAGGUUUCAGUUUAUAAACUUUUAGUUUAUAACUAUUUGCUGAUAUAAAAAAUGUGUCAAUACAUUCUCUUCCAGAAAAACUAUUCUAGGUCACAGUACUUUAAAUUGUGAUUGUGAUUGUCAAACACACACACGUGUCCGUGUAAAUACAUGUAUAUAUAUAU